GCUACAGAAUGGUUAUGUUUCCGGUUCGUCUGUGCAGUGGAGAACAUUUUAGUUUCGGAAGCAGGCUGGUUGUGUCGUUUCUUUGCUUUGAUGCGAAAUCCCAUCGUGGGCCUCUUUGUAGAGUAACAGAGGACUGUGUAGUCAGAGCCUGAACAGCUCACCAUGGUUCCCCAUAGAUGUGAACUGGAAACUCAAAUGGUUUAUUCUUCCACUAGAGUGUUGGGUAGAAGGUGAAGUCUGACUGGGGUCCAUCAGAAAACCUGCUCAUCUUAUUUAAAGGGGAAACAGCAGCUGUAGUCUUCAACCAUGGAGAAGAUGGCACGUGUGACCACAGCCCUGGGGAACAGUUCCAUCAGCGGGCGCACAAUGUUCUGCCAUCUAGACGCUCCGGCCAAUGCCAUCAGCGUGUGCCGCGACGCUGCGCAGGUUGUGGUGGCCGGCCGCAACAUCUUCAAAAUCUAUGCGCUGGAGGAGGAGCAGUUUGUGGAGAAGCUGAACCUGCGCGUGGGCCGCAAGCCCUCCCUCAAUUUCAGCUGCGCCGACGUCAUGUGGCACCAGAUGGACGAGAACCUGCUGGCCACCGCCGCCACGAACGGCGCCGUGGUCACCUGGAACCUGGGCAAGCCCUCGCGGAACAAGCAGGACCAGCUCUUCACCGAGCACAAGCGCACGGUGAACAAGGUGUGCUUCCACCCCACGGAGGUCUACAUGCUGCUCAGCGGCUCUCAGGAUGGCUACAUGAAGUGCUUCGACCUACGCAAGAAGGAGUCUGUCAGCACCUUCUCAGGGCAGUCAGAAAGUGUGAGGGAUGUACAGUUCAGUAUGAGGGACUACUUUACUUUCGCGGCGUCUUUCGAGAAUGGCAACGUGCAACUGUGGGAUAUCAGGCGACCCGACCGGUACGAGAGAAUGUUCACAGCCCACACCGGACCAGUCUUCUGCUGCGACUGGCACCCGGAGGACAGGGGUUGGCUGGCCACAGGUGGGCGUGAUAAGAUGGUGAAGGUGUGGGACAUGACCACCAACCGGGCCAAGGAGAUCCACUGCGUGCAGACCAUCGCCUCAGUGGCGCGCGUGAAGUGGCGCCCGGAGCGGAAGUGGCACCUGGCCACAUGCUCCAUGAUGGUGGACCACAACAUCUAUGUGUGGGACGUGCGCCGGCCCUUCAUCCCUUACGCCACCUUCGAGGAGCACAAGGACGUCACCACGGGCAUCGUGUGGCGCCACCUGCACGACCCCUACUUCCUGCUGUCGGGCUCCAAGGACAGCACCCUGUACCAGCACAUGUUCCAGGACGCCAGCCGGCCCGUGGACAAGGCCAACCCGGAGGGCCUCUGCUUUGGCCUCUUCGGCGACCUGGCCUUCGCCGCCAAGGAGAGCCUGAUCAGCGGCGACUCCAACCGGAAGCCCUACACUGGGGGGGACCGCCGCUACCCCAUCUUCUUCUUCAAAAAGCCCGACCUCACGGAGCAGUUCGCCCACGUCUCCAGCCUGCUCAGCGUCUUCGAGACUGACCUGGAGAGCAGCCGCAUGGACUGGUUCGUCAAAACAGCUAAACUCUACCUGCUUAGUGGGAAGCCCUUUGCGGACUUGUGCGACCACAACGCCAAGGUGGCCAAGGAGCUCAACAGACCUCAGGUUUCCACUACAUGGACAAUGAUAAGGAUUAUGUUUUCUGACCCAGGGAGCCUAAACACAGCAGCACCCAAUCAUAAUAUUUGUAAAUUGGGUACCUUGCCUUUAAUGAACAGCUUCAACAUGAAGGAGAUGGCUGCAGGGCAUGGCAAUGAGAGCCGACUAGACCGCAGCAAAGGAGAGAUUAGACAAGACAACAUCCACAUGGACGCUGGAAACUCCCUCAUCAAUAAUAACGAUGUUUUACGUGACUGCAUUUCCCCUCCAGAGAAUGAAGAGACGGAGGGCAGUGAGGGGCAGGCUGAAUAUAUGUUUGGUGAUGCCGAGCUGGACGAUGAUGACCUGUACUCUAUGGAACAUGACAACCAGACUGCAGAGGAACCGGAGUACACCCUGCCCCAGGAGGCCUUCCCGCUCCGCCACGAGAUCGUGGACAACCCCUCGGCGCCGGAGCACCUGCAGGACAAGGCCGACUCGCCGCACGUCAGCGGCAACGAGGCGGAGAGCGUCUGCCUCACGCCCAUCGAGUCCUUCUCGCUCAUCUCCAUCUCGCAGCCGCUGUUCAGCUCCCACCUGCCGCCGCGCUUCUUCAGCCCCGUGGUGCAGGAGAUGCUGCGGUACUACGCCGAGCAGGGCGACGUGCAGAUGGCCGUGUCCGUGCUCAUCGUCCUGGGCGACCGUAUCCGCAAGGAGAUCGAUGACCUCACUCAGGAGCACUGGUACAUGUCCUACAUUGACCUGCUGCAGCGCUUUGAGCUCUGGAAUGUCUCCAACGAGGUCAUCAAACUGAGCACGUGCAGCGCAAUCAACUGCCUGAACCAGGCCUCCACCACACUGCACAUUAACUGCAGCAACUGCAAGCGGCCAAUGAGCAACAAAGGCUGGAUCUGUGACAGGUGCCACCAAUGCGCCAGCAUCUGCGCUGUGUGUCACCACGUGGUGAAGGGGCUGUUUGUGUGGUGCCAGGGCUGCAGCCACGGCGGGCAUCUGGAACACAUCAGGAACUGGCUGAAGAGCAACUCGCAGUGCCCAGCGGGCUGUGGGCACCUGUGUGAAUACACCUGAUGCAGAGGCGCCUUUGCCCAACGGCAAGGAGGACUACAGUGUCAUGUCACAGGGUGUUAUUUUUUUUCACUUGUUCCUCCUCUUCAGAGCCAAUGUCUCUGCAAAGGUGUGACUGUAAGCUGCUAUUGCUAAGGGGAGUAAAGAAAAACUGCGGGCUGAAGCUGAUUUGGAACAUAAAUUUGGAACCUUUUUGUGACAGGUUGCUGCUUUGACAGCAGUUCAGGACAUUCUUGCCCCCACACUGACCAUUGAACAUUGACCAAAUCCCUAUGCCCACCCCUAAAUCCACCUCGCUGUCCUGUUCCAGUAGACAGCUAGUACUCUGGCACUACUUGCACAGGGGUCUUUGAUGAUCCUCUCCAGUCUGGGGGUCCAGUGUCAUAGGAAGGACAGCUUGUUGCCUGUUUAGGUGCUAAAUCUUUCUUGUAUUUGGUCAUUAAGUCAUUCACUCCAAGAAAAAAAGUUGGGCCAGAACCUUUAAAGGGAAUCCACCAACAAUGCAAUAAAGAUGUUACUGAGCUGUAUAUAAGGUACUGUAUGUGCUGCUGUGUCAGUUCUAAUGAAUGGGACAGACACUGUGUGCCAGCGGAAGGCAAUAAAUAUGAAAAUAGAUUUCAAGUAACAUGUGCUGUGCUGACAGUUUGUAAUGGGAUCCCUGCUUCCUCAACAUAACUUACCGCACAGUAGAGAAAUGCACAUGGGGCUGACGUGGCUGAGAUGCCCAGUUUUGAAGAGCUACUUUGAUCCACCAGGAUGGGGACCUUUCAGUCUGUGAUACACAGCAAGUGCACACGGUCCUGUUUGAAAAACACCUUCACUGUGAUGACCUUAUUUUCAUAUCGUCACCUCAGUGCAUGAGACCAUUUGAAGGUGAAUCGCCAACGUAUUUUUUAUGCAACUCUAUUUUAGAAUCACCAGUUGUAUAUUGGUCUUUUCUCACCACCUGCCUACAGGGACUGUAGCGAGAUGAAGGAAAUCCAGCAGUUUGGUCAUUUUGGUCAGUUUGCAAACAUUAGCCAUUUUUCACACUGAAAGCCACAUACCACACCACAAAUGAGUGGCCGCUCAUUGGAGAAUAGGUGCUACUCUGCUGACAUCAUUCGAGCAACUCACAGUCAACUGACAAAUCGCAGGGUGCCUGGGAUCGUCGAGACAAGUAACUCCUGCUGCCAUACCCACCCCUAUGCCCAGCGGAUUAAUUAAUUCCGCCGCUAUG